GUCUACUACGGCGGCAAGUGCAACAUUAACAAGACGCGAUAAUUGAACUCUACCAAGUACAUCUUCUCUGUUCCGAGGCAAAAGUGAAGAACUCAAGAGCAAACUGCUUCCACUCAAGGCCAAGCUGGUCUUCUUCAAUUCGGUUCCGGCACUUCCGAGAUUUUAGAGACCGCAUUCAAGAAAGAAACUGUUGGUGUUGGCAAGGACUCUACUGGUCAAAUUCAAUCAACAAUGGCUAAACCAGUCGAAGAAAAACCAGGCAUAGAAGCCAUUAACAAGCUUAAAUCGACAGACCCACCAUUAUUUCUCUCUCCAAGUUCCGAUCUUUCUUGCUUUUCCCGCUUAGCCUCCCAAUAUAUCUUUACUUCGCUCAAACCAUUCUCUCCCAAAUCGCCUUUUGACCAGCUUCAUUUAAAUGGGUUUGACGCUGAGCAAAUUUGGCAGCAAAUUGACCUCCAAUCUCAGCCUUUAAUUACCUCUCUUAAACGAGAAAUCAAACGAUAUGAGAAAAAUCCAGAUCAAAUUUUGGAUCAAUUUGGGGUAUCCGGGGCCAAUGAGGUGUUGGAGAGAGGAAUUAAGGAAAACGGAGAUGUGGGUUUUGAAGAUAGUGAGGAAUUGAGUGAUGAAGAUGAGGAUGAGGAGGGAGAAGAUGGGGAGUCUGAGUCUGAGGAAGAAGAGGAUGAUGAUGAAAGUGGGGAGGAAGAAGAGGAGUUGGAGGAUGAUGGUGAUGGAGUGCCAGAGGUUGAAGAUGAUUUUUUGAAGAUUAAGGAUUUGGAGAAGUAUCUAGUGAGAGAGGAGGAGAAAGAAUAUGGGUCAGAAGAGAAGAAGAGUAAAAAGAAGAAGAAAGGAGGUAAAAAUGUUGAUGGUGAUGAAGAGGAUAAAAACGAGGAGAGUGAGGAAGAAGAAGAUGGUGAUGAGCUUCUCAUGUAUGGUGGAGAUGGCGAAGAUGGGUCUGACGAUUCAAUCAGAUAUGAAGAUUUCUAUGUUUCUAAAAAGAAAACUCCAGUAACAAAACGGAAACGAGUUGACAAGUCAGAUGACUCGGAUAUGGAGGAUAAAAAUGUGGAUGAUUCUGAUGACGCAGAGAUGGAAGAUGAAGAUGUUGAUGAUGCUGAUGAUUCAAAGAUGGAAGAUGAUAAUGACGAGCAGAAUGGAAAUCUGUCUACUUAUGAGAAGGCACGUGAAAAGAUCCAAGCCAAAAUAAAGCAGAUGGAAGCUGAAAACUUGGCUCCAAAAGAUUGGACCAUGCAGGGAGAGAUAUCUGCAUCCAAGAGGCCAGUAGAUAGUGCAUUGGAAGUGGACCUGGAUUUUGAGCACAACAUGAGGCCGCCUCCUGUUAUAACAGAAGAGGUGACAGCAUCUCUUGAAGAAAUUAUAAAGAAAAGAAUACUUGAGGGACAAUUUGAUGAUGUUCAACGGGCUCCUAAAUUGGUAUCUGCAGCACCUAAGGAAACUAAAGAGCUGGAUGAUCAUAAGAGCAAGAAAGGCCUUGGUGAAAUUUAUGAGGAAGAAUAUGCUCAGCAGGCUGGGUUUGUGUCUGCGCCCUUGUCAAUGAAUGAUGAAUUGAAAAAGGAGGCAAGCGAUUUGUUCAAAAGAUUGUGCCUGAAGCUGGAUGCACUUUCCCACUUCCAUUUUGCUCCAAAGCCGGUUGUGGAGGACAUGUCUAUUCAGACCAAUGUUCCUGCUUUAACCAUGGAAGAGGUUGCCCCAGUAGCUGUGUCGGAUGCAGCUAUGCUUGCUCCUGAGGAAGUGUUUUCUGGCAAGAAAAAUAUCAAAGAGGAUAAUGAGUUAACAAAGGAGGACAGAAAGAAGAGGAGAGCCAAAAAGAAGAGAAAAUUCAAAGCUGUAAGUGCAAAAAAAGCAGCAAGCACAACGCCCAAGAAACCAUCUCAAACUCUGAAUGAAGGCAAGGAGCAGUAGUAUUCCUUAAUUUUAAGACAGUCCAUUAAGAUUUGGGCAUGUUUUUAUCAGAUUUGAAAUUACAAGCUGUCACAGAAGAAGAUGACAGUCAUUCGAGGUGGCAUUUGAUCGUCAACCAAUGAAGGAAUGUGGGUAAUUUUGUAAGGAGCUCCAUGCACAAUUUUGGGUAGGUCUUUGUUUUUCUUUGUCAUACUCCAGAAAUGUAUUCAUAGAUUAUCCCUUCUUAGUAACUUAUCUCUUGUAUAAGAUGACAGUCACUGAAUCUUUUAUACUCUAUAUAACCAUAAAUUUCAUUA